AUCAAAUUGUAUUCUGGAUUUAUCGAGUAUAAAAUAUUAUCCAGUCUUAACUCUCUUGUUAAAUCAUCAACAAUAUAUAUUAUCGUUCAAAAAUUUGCAGGGGGGUAUACUAUAUCAGAUUGUUCACAAUUGGGAUGUUUAAAAGAUCAACGAUCUAGUGAUUAUGCUUCUAGAUACCGUUUUUUGCACUCCCCUACUGAUAGCAAAUAUGUGAGAAUUGCUAAAGUUAUUAGUGUAGGCAUCCAAAAGGAAGCCGAAAUGAGUAUACUUUCUUUAACAACUGGCGGAAAGAACCUCGAUCAUGCUUUGCUAAGUCCUAAUGAUUUUAUUAAAUCUCUCUCCUCCGAGCAAGCGCAUAAUCUCGUAAAAGCUGAAGGUUUGUACACGAAGGCUCUCAUUAGUGAUCCACUUAACAUUCGGGCAGUUAAUAAUCAGAAGCGAAUGAGUUCUAUUGUAAAGGAAAUCGAUCAGCAAAGAUAUCGCAAAAUAGAUUCUAAAGUUGCUCGUUUCUACCUCGUUCCUGAUUCUGAUCCAGGAUUAAAGAAAGUGAAAGUUGAGCAUUAUUUUCUACAUAUCUAUCAUUCAAAUGCUAUUGAAGGCAAUACUCUAUCGCUUGCUCAAACCAGAUCUCUUCUUGAAACGCGCCUAGCUUUAGGAGGAAAGAGUUUGCAAGAACAAAAUGAAGUUCUUGGUUUGGAUGCUGCGUUUAAAUAUCUCAAUAAUACCCUUCUCACUGGAACCUUAACACGAAUUUCGCUCGGAGACAUAUUGGAGCUUCAUCGAAGAGUUUUAUCUUUUGUGGACAUAUCGGAGGCUGGUCGUUUAAGAAAAACUCAGGUAUUCGUCGGUGACCACACCCCUCCUCCAGCUAGUAUGCUUCCAGAAUUGAUGGAAGAGUUGAUAGACUGGGUGAACUCCGAAGAAGCGCUAGCACUUCAUCCAAUUGAACUCGCUGCCCUAACUCACUGGAAACUUGUCUACAUUCACCCCUUUUACGAUGGAAACGGUCGAACCUCUAGACUUGUUAUGAACCUCAUUCUCAUGCGAGCUGGAUAUCCGCCUGCAAUUGUUCGCAAAGAGGAUCGAUCUAAAUAUUAUGAAUACCUGAAGAGUGCGAACGAGGGUGAUGUCCGUCCUUUCAUUCGUUUUAUCGGUGUGUUUGUCUCUGCAGCUAAUAGGCCAAUUGCUACACAAGUUGGUUCGCUUAUGCCCUAUACUGCUCUGCCGCUACAUUUCCCUUGGCUACCACAUGAGCAGUCUUCUGGACGUUCUCAUGUCAUUUACAGCAAUUGA